AUGAAGUACGGGACCGACUACGUGACCGCCGACGGCCGCGACCCGGUGGGUCGCCCCCAUCUUUCCGGCACGAUUUUCCCGGACGACGGCGCCACGCCAUUCCUGAUGCAGGUUACCGGCGUGCAGAAGGCGGAUGAGGAGGUGGAUGGUAUUACCGCCAAUAGCUCGGCGCAGGGGCGGGAAGUACCUUAUGGUGGAGUCUACUCUGUGUGGACGCCGACGUUCUAUGGCGGCGAUGCGUCGUACAGCAACCUGCAGAACUCGAUCUUUGUUGGGUCGGAGACUGUGAGUGAUGGUGAGCAGCCUGGGGAGUUUUUGGUGGGGAUUAAGAUUAGUAAAGUCUUUCCGGUGAAGACGGACGUGGUUAUUGGUGAAGAGUUCUCAUUAAAAGGCACAUAUGGGCAUGAGCUGGAGAUGAGCGACGACGGGUAA